GCGUCGCAGAGUCACGUGAUCAAACUCGGAGCCGCUACUUAAGCUUGUGGCGCGCGCGCUUCUCUGUUCACAUUUCAGCUCUGUACAGAAAAAGCAGCGUGUUGAAGAAGUCAAGCAGCAAAGUCGCUACGUUUUGCAUUAAGAUAACUGAAGAAAUGAGCUCUGUCAGAAAAAUGAAGCAAGUGGAAAAUCCUCGUGAAAACUUAAAGAAUUUUUUUACAGCACAAACAUCAGUGGCAUCGUCUGGGAGGAGAACACUUCAGGUCCUCCAGCCAUCUGCUGUCAAUAAGCCUCUUGGGAAGAUGAUUGAGACUGGGAAGGCUGUUCCUAAGAGGAAGCUAUGGAGUGCUGACCAGGUGAAAGGCUCAAAGAGAGUUAAAGCUGAAGUGGCAGUGAAAAAUGCAGACCCAGAAAAUGAAAACCAAACUGAAGGAAUCUCACAGGAAGCUUAUGAGCUGAUGGUCAAAGAAACCCCUACCUCUUCUUACUGGAAGGAGUUGGCAGAGGAGCGACGGAAAGCCCUUUUCAACGUUCUCCAGGAGAAUGAGAAGCUUCACAAAGAAAUAGAAGCCAAAGAUGAGCAGAUUGCUAAGCUGCAAAGUGAAAAUGAUGAACUACAGGAGCUAGCACAGCAUGUCCAACACAUGGCUGACAUGAUUGAGCGGUUAACUGGUAAAAGUCCAGACAACUUGGAAGAACUACGAGAAAUUGCCUUUGAUGCAGAAGAUGAGAAUGAAGAUCCUGAGUGCAAAAAUGCAGACUCUGGAAGUGAUCUGGAAGAUGAGGAAACAAACACGGAAGAUGCAGAGAAUACCACGGUUGUGACUGAAACUGAAGAUAACACUGCCCCAGAUGAUGCGUCAAAGUAGCUUUUAAACUUGUGCCUUGGACAAUUGAGAACUGUGGCAUGUGAGAUGCAAUGUUUGAUUUUGUUAACUUGUUUCUUGACUUUCUCUUCAACAAGUGAUGUGCAAUUCUUUUUAAGGUGUGUUUUUUUUUUUUUUUUUUUUUUUUUUUUUUUAAUUUAAUCUACAUUCCUGUAAAGAUUUUCAAAUUUGAUGGUGGGUAAACAUGUUAUCUGUACAUAUGUAAAACUUUGACAUGUACAUGAAUAAACAGCCAUAUUUUUAUAAA